GUGUUGAAAUGUCGAUCAACCGACUUGAAAUUAGCAAUACCGUUUCUGGUUCGUACUUUCGUAUAUGGCUAUUUAUACUCUUUUUAUUAUAUUCUAAUUUCUUGUAUACGUCUGAAGAGCCUGAUCUCGAAAAUCUGAGUUUGAAGGAUGAUUUUGAAAAGUUCGCAGAAAGACUAGAACUCAAUAAAUUCACAGAAAAUAAGAAUGAAUGGAAGAAAUUUUACGGUUUCGUUUGGCCCUCAACAAACAUUAAUGAACGUCGCUUAAUUUUUGAUUAUGUUGUCGAUCCAGAUUGGGACCCAAUUGGGGAGGAACUCGCCGCAAAUAUUGUCGUUUACUCAAAUCAAACACUCUUGAUUCAUCACAAGGAAUAUCCGGGGUGUUAUUUCGUACCUGUUGAAAAACGUAUUGUUGAAUUGCGUAAAUUUUCAACAAUUGAUAAUAAUACAAAUAAAGAGUGGCAGUGGGAAUGGCGCGAAUGUCAAGGUUUCAGAAAUGUAAUCGAUACAGGUGCAACAAUGACUGUAAUCCCAUAUUUCGUAAGACAAAAGUUAUAUAGUAGACAAGAUGGUUGGAAAACAAUUCCUAUUGAAGCUUCUGGAUAUAGUGAUGGCGUUAAAAUUUUCCAGGCUUCAAGAGAUUGGUACAUUUGUCUAGGUGAUGGGACCAACUGGUCUGGCUAG